AUGGCUGCUGCUACGGAGCUUAGUCGCCCGAACAGCAGUGACAGGAGCUUGGAGCGCGGCUGCAGCCCCAACCUCUCCCGAGAGGUGCUUUGCGAAACCUUUCGCUCCCUGCGCACCCUGGCUGGACAGCUUAACCUCAGAGAUGAUGUGGUGAAAAUUACAAUCGAUUGGAACAAGCUCCAGAGCCUCUCGGCAUUCCAGCCUGCAUUGCUCUUUAGUGCACUUGAGCAGCACGUUUUGUAUUUACAGCCCUUUUUAGCAAAACUUCAGCCUCUGAUUAAAGAGGAGAAUGCAACCAUUGUUGAAGAGAUAGGAAAAACAGAAUCAGGCAAUGAGAAUCAAGUAAAUGCCAAAUUUCCUGCUGGCGACCUACAAGAGGAAGAAAAACACAAAGAUUAUGACUUAGGAGAUGUAAAAAAGACACAGAUGUAUUUUGAUCCAGAAGUAGUUCAAAUAAAGGCUGGAAAAGCAGAAAUUGAGAGACGAAUAUCUGCAUUUAUUGAAAGAAAGCAAGCUGAAAUCAAUGAAAACAACGUCAGGGAAUUUUGCAAUGUUAUUGAUUGUAAUCAAGAAAAUAGUUGUGCAAGAACUGAUGCCGUUUUUACUCCUUACCCUGGAUUUAAAAGUCAUGUAAAGGUUUCUAGAGUUGUGAAUACUUAUGGACCACAGACUAGACCUGAAGGAGGAGUACAAGGAUCAGGUCAUAAACCUAAUAGCAUGCUUCGAGAUUGUGGUAAUCAAGCUGUAGAAGAACGACUGCAGAAUAUUGAAGCUCACUUGCGAUUACAGACAGAUAUGUGCAAAGUAUGCUUGGAACACAAAAAGUUAGAACACAGAAACCUCAGGAACUUUUCUGGGAAAAGAAGAAAAGUUCAUCCACCUCAACAGAACUAUUCACUGGCUGAACUUGAUGAGAAAAUUAGUGCCCUCAAACAAGCCCUGCUCAGAAAAUCAAGAGAAGCAGAAUCCAUGGCAACUCAUCACCUUCCAUGA